GCUAGAUUGAUUCAGUUCGCAAUCAGCCGCGAAGAUGUCCGUCAGCAGUUCACAGUCGUCACCGUCGCCACCAAAAUCUUUGCUGGAUUUAGGACUGGAAGAUAAGCAACGUUUUCUGGAUUCUUUCGAUUACGUUCUGACCGAUUGCGAUGGUGUCGUUUGGAACCUGUACGGACCGAUUGACGGCGUUGGCGAGGCAAUCAGUGCGCUGAAGGGCACCGGCAAGCAUUUGGUCUAUGUUUCCAACAACAGUGUUCGAACGCUAGGGAACUACAAGGAACAAGUGCGAAAGCUAGGACACGAAGUGGAUGAGGCGGACGUGAUUCAUCCAGUCGUUAGUGUGAUUCAAUACUUGAAAUCGAUCAACUUUCAAGGUUUGAUCUACGCGAUAUGCGCUGAACCUUUCCUGGCUGCUCUGAGGGAUGCAGGCUACGAAGUUCUUCACGGCCCGACUGAGCCAAUGCCCGAGGCACUUCGUCUUAUCAUUCCGGUUAUUCACGAUAAGAAACCCGUCAAAGCAGUGAUUGUAGAUUACGAUUUUAAUUGUAGUCAUACGAAGCUGCUGAGAGCUGAACUGUAUUUGAAAACCAAUCCAGAGUGUAUGCUGAUUGCAGGGGCGACAGAUCGCAGUAUAUCCAUUACCCAACAAUUGGAAGUGAUCGGAUCGGGUCAUUAUGUGGACAUACUGGAGAAGGCAACCGGGCGAGAGGCGAUCGUUUUGGGCAAACCAGGACAUCAGCUUGCAAAGCAGUUGAAGGAACAGUACGGUAUGAAGGAUGCCAAACGGGUGCUAUUUGUAGGGGAUAUGAUUGCACAGGAUGUGGCUUUUGGGAAGGUGGCAGGAUUUCAGACACUGCUGGUUUUGACCGGUGGAGCGAAGAAGUUGGACGUUGAGAGGCUGUCGAAUCAAGACCAUGUGCCCGAUUACUACACGGAGAGCUUUGCAGAUUUUGGCAAGCUGAUACAGGAAGUGCUUGAAGCGAAGGGCAAAGCUAGUCUGUAAAAAAAUUAGGAUAGGUUGGAUAUUU